UCCACCAUCGCCGAUCCCACCAAGUGGGAAGUGAAGUCCUCCUCUAGAGACCCUUGACGCUGUACAACUCCUCAGCGCUGUUGAGCAGAGCAGUCGACGGCUCACCGAGGUGAUGAAGACCGCAGUAGCGACGGUGACGCUACUGUGGGCCGCGGUGGUGUUGGCGCUGCCCAAGAAGGAUCUAAAGCCCUCGGAGAUCUUCUUGAAGAACCUGCCGACGGAAAAGCUGGAUGCUCUGAUGGCGUCCCGCCUUCAGGAGCUCGAGGAUGACAUAGUAGAGAGCUACGACACCCAGCUACGGGAACACGAGGACAACCUAAAACGCCUUCACCGCCACCGGCGAGACGUGACGAGCCGCAACAAGACCAUCACUACGAGGACCUACCAUCAUCACGCUCCCACCUACUGGCAUUCCUACACCUAUGAUGCAGAGAUUGGCAACCGGGAGAAACUGAACAUUCUUGACAUCGACGUGAAGGACCAGCUUGGUAAUGUUAACAUCAUCAAAGUCUUCUCGCUCGAUCUCUGGAACCUCUCUACCAUCUACCAGAGCGAAUCGCAUGUUGCGUACGUCUUGAAGGGAGGGAGAUUGGAGGCUGUGAAGGUCAGGAAUCGGUGGACCAAGUCUCUGGUGGGUUGUCCCUGUGACCAACAAUACUUGAAGAGUUGUGCCUGCUGUGAGGAGGGAGCCUGCAGGUGUGGGGCGGCGAGCGACACCUGUGUACAGUGCGGCCUGGAGAACGACCUUAACAUCUGUGCUGCUAACGGUCCUAGAGAGCUUGAGCUGGACGCGGCGGUUGGGUUCCAGUACUACCUCGAUUAUUACGACCUCGUUCAGGGCGUACAGCGCGUCCUUGUUGCCUCCAGAGGCACAACUGUUUCGUUCUACAAGUUUAACAAAGACAGUGUCCAGCUGAUGCAGUCGGAGACGGGUCUGGGGACUAUAAACUUUGCCAGGCCUGUGACUCACCUGGGAUACGGAGAGACCUUCAAAGACUUCUACGGAAUCAUAAGGAAAGACCGGUUCCUCAUCACCUUCAGAGCUGGUGACUCGAGCCAGCAGUUUCACGGCAUAAAUAUAGACUCGACUGGUUUGGCAAGUGGAACAUCAGAAGUGUGGCAGGCCUUUGGGACCGAGAUGAAGGCGUGGCAAAGUGGCGGUCGUGUUAUGCUGGCUGUCCUCAAUGGGAUGGACCUCUUCGUCUACGAGCUCAAGGCCAACCACAGGCACGAGUACCGUAUGAGGAAAAUUCAAACGCUGAGCAUUGGGGAACCCAUAAUCUACUGGAAGAGCUUCUGCAUGGGGUUUGAGAAGUACCUGGUGGUGGUGACCCGGAAGAUUUCCCGCCUUUACCUACACUCUGGCAUGCACUAUCAAACCGUCCAAGACCUUACUCCAAGCCACGGUCUAACGGCCUUUACAGCCAUCGUUCCCAUCUCUAUAUCUUCGUGGCGGGGGAAGGCCGUGCUGUUGACGGGGGAAGGAAAACGGCUGUUGGCUUACGUGUGGAAUGGCGCGAAGCUUGUGGUUGAAGUGAGUCACGUAAAAAUGUUGAAUGUGUCCAUCACUGACUGGUCGAUCGUGUACGGGCACGCAGAUAUGAAGUUGGACUCUAACCUUGUGUUUGUUCCCACCGAGAAGGGCCCGAUGAGGCUAGAGGUGAAGGCCACACUAGAGGAUCUGCCCGACCCGAUUCUCCUCCAGAAUCAGGAGCUUCACCAAUUGCUCAACACCCUGGAGGGCGAAUUUCAACGUCAGUCAGAAAUUAUAGACUUGGCUCGAGACAGACUGGCCCACAGCAUUGAGGGACAGAAUACCAUCAAUGCGGAUAUUGUAGUAGUCGGCGGAAUCGUGGUUAACGGGACUCUUGACACGUGGAAUCUGGAAGCAAACAGCAUAAUACUGCAACAAAUUGACUCCAGCGGGAAGGUGACAUUCCAGGGAUACCAGGACCACCUCAACAGCCUUGGUUACUACGAAGGUGUCUUAAACACACUCAACGCAACGUUAACAAGCCUUCACAGGAAACUAGAUGAUGCUGUGCCCGCUUCUGGUACGUCCAGACUGAUCACUGGGGUGAAGACGCUGGUGGGCGAGGGGCUGCAGGUCGCCACCUUGUCCACCGACCACCUCACCGUCAGGCAAACUCUCGACUGGUCUGGUAACUUGUUCCCUCUGGACGACAUCCUUAGAGGGCUGGUCAGGCAAAAUGACACACGCGUCAUCGCUGGUCAGAAGACUUUCCUGAAGGAUCUUAAGGUUGUUGAUCUUUAUGCGGAAUACUUGGAUGACAUCCCCGUGGACGAUAUUGUGACCACAGAUGGGUCGCAAACCAUCGCCGGCGCCUCCUUCGCCUCCGGCCUGAGAGCAGAGACUAUCCAUGUCACUCCCGGAGGGACUGUGGGAGGGAUAGACCUGUCUGAGGACGCGGUGCUGCUGUCUGGCGAAGCUACGCUCGGCAGCUGUACCUUCAAGAGCGAUCUCUCGGCCAGUGAUAUUGUGGCAGUGUCGAAAUUCGUGGAUGGUGUCGACCUAGACCGGUUGAAUACCAGCGCUCUGACCACCUCGGGCGGCACAGUCAAGAGCUCUCUAGUGUUCUCAAACUCCCUGACCCUCCACACCCUCCAGGCUCGCUUCAUUAUGGGGGUCGACACCGAUCUUUUCAUGUCCACGACGGUUUUCAAGCACAGGACUUCCGCUAUGCGUGGAACUCUAGUGAUUCCUUCGGGUGUCGACAUAAAUGGAGACUUGGUCGUUGAAGGAAAGAUUAAUGGCCAAAAUUUCCCGAAAGAUUUUCCCCUACAGACUGACUCCACCAUAAAUUUUGGGGCAAAGAGAUUCGCUAAUGUUUUCUUUGAUACAUUGCGAGUCGGUACCCAGUGUUUGGUGGACGGACUUUCCCUGCACAAGUUGGUUACUCUUCACACCCCACAGACCAUCACUGGCCAAAAGACCUUUGCUCAGGGCGUAUACAUAAAAGGAGAUUUGGACAUUACGUCGAAAAUAAUUGAUGGCGUUAACUUGGACGAGUUAAAUGCUAGUCUUUCUUACAUUGGAUCUUCGGAAUGGGAAUUCGACGUGGUAUUUAAUAAAGCCGUACAAGCACCUUCCCUGUCAUUUGGCGGGAGACUUAAUAACUUGGACUGGGCAACUUUCGCCAGAGAUAUAGUGUAUGACGACGAGACUUCAGUCGUCAUCGCCUCGAAAAAGAAUUUUAAACUUGGAUUGACCAUCUCGAACGCAAUCUUCCAGAAUACUUUCAACGGAGUUAGUUUUGGUAGCCUGGUCACGCUCAGCAGUACCCAAAACAUCUAUGGGAAGAAAGUUUUUGCCAACGACGUCACCUUCGGAUCACUGACGGUAGAUUUACUAGACGGAGUAGAUUUGGAACAGUUAGCGCGCACUGCAGUAUAUUUGAACAAGGAAGGGCAAGUGGUGACUGGCAAGAAAACUUUCACCAGUUUGCUAACCACCAAAGCCCUGGACGUAACGGGAAGAAUAGAGAAUUUUGACAUAAGAAACUUGGUUACUAAAAACACCGAUCAAACCUUCACGGCAGCGCAGUCCUUCCGUUCAGUGGUCUUCAGUGACUUGCAGGCUGUAUCCAUAGACCUGCCUGCAGGGUAUACUAUUAACACUAUAGAUAUAGCUAACUUGGAAAAAUCUCGUGUUAGCUUGACGUCUCCAAGCGUCCAUUCCGGCGUACUAACGGUCCAAGGUCCAGUGACUGUACUAGGCCAGCUCUCUGUGGACACUAUAAAUGGUUACGACAUAAACUUGAUCAUGAACAACUUGGUCAUGAAGGAUGAAUCUUCAGUCAUAACAGGAGAUAUAACCUUCGUCGAUCUCACCGUGCAAGGGCCCAUAACGACUCUCGAUCUGGCCGGAGCUAAUGGCUUGAACAUCAGUAGCAUCGAUCACAAUGCCGUUAAGGUAACUGGGAACGUAGAGAUGAGCGGAGCCGUGACCUGGGGACCCGUGGUCUUGCAGAGAGACGUAUCCGUGGAAGGUCUCGUGAACGGAAUCCCCCUGUUUAAUCUCAGCCAAGAUGUUGUCUACAGGGAUGCUAAGAAUCUACAAGUUAUAACAGGGAAAAAGACCUUCGAAGCGGGAAUAACCGUGAAUGGGGAUAUAGUGACCACUUCAGUCAACGACAUAGACCUUGGCACAAGGAUGUUGACUCGUCACACCGUUCAGACCAUCAGCGCCCCUUACACGUUCUUUAACGUAGAGGCUCGCGGCACCGUUAACAUCCUUGGCCUUUACAACAACAUUAAUCUUACCCAACUGGCAUCAGAAGGCCGCCUGGGAGCCAAUGAUACCAUCUACGGAAACGUCACGUUCCUGAGAGAAGCGAGCGUGGGCAACCUGGUCAUUCGGGGCACCUUCAACGGUGUGGACGUGGAGAGGCGCAUGGCCGACGCUGUGUUGGUGCGUGACCCUGGUGUUAUCUCGGGAAGGAAGACCCUUCUGGCCAACAUGACCACCUUCACGAACCUGCGCGUGAACUCCCUUAACAAGGUCCCCUUGGACUUCUACCUGAAACACGUCGUCCUGAAGAACGCUACCACCACAAUCGACCACAAGAUCGUGGUACAAGGGAGUGUAACUACCCCGAGUCUGACUGCUGAUACACUGAUUGUCCAGGGUACAGUUGAUGGCAUAGACUACAACAAAUUUUUGAGCGAGGCAGUUUAUCUGCACAAGAACCAGACCAUAGACUCCACUUUGGUCUUCAUGAGAGAUGUGACGGUUCAUGGGGAUAUAAAUACUGUACAUCUAAACGGAAUGAAUCUUGAGAAGGAUUUCCUGACUACGGACACGGAGCAAACCAUUCCCUUCAGCGUCACCUUCGGCAGCAUAGAGAGUGGAGACGUGGCUGUAGGAGGCCGCGUUAACUCUUGGUACCUUCCCGACGAGGUUAACGUUACCAUGAAGGCGGUGGGUGGCCAGACGGUGACUGGAAGGCUGACGAUAGGGGGCACGCUGGAGGUCCUCGGGGACGUGACCGUGUCCGGACUGGUCGGGACGGAGGUCAAAGUGGACCUCUCGAAGCAGGCAGUCCAGCUCCACCGUAACACUGAAAUCUACGGAUCUUUGACGUUCACCUCACCGGUGACCGCGUCGACGCUGACCUGCGUACCUGGGAUAGUGAAUGAUAUAAACAUCCCUGAACUCUUCGCUAACGCCUGGUACAUCGACAAAGCCACAGACAUCACUGGCUUCAUGAUCUUCGAAGGACCCGUACUGAUGAUGGAGGCUCUGCUUCGCAACGCCACUCUGCCCUCCGUGAAGCUCAUAGACCUGGAAAAGACCGUGACGAAUAUUCUAGCUGACUUCAACAGGACAAAAUUGGAAUUGGAGGCGCUCUACAAGAGUGCUUGUUCGCCGGUCAUUAGACUUUACAGCCACCUGGAGAGGGCCAUCUUCGAGGGGGACCAUUUCGCUUCGGUCUUCGAGUAUCCAGUUCCCUAUCACCGGCGCUCCUCCACGUCCUUCCUGGUCCAGGGAGAAUCAUUCGUAGUGAUGAGUUGGGAAGCGGGAAGGUGCGACUCUGCGCUAUACAAGUUCAUACCAGCGACAACUUCAAUGGAUCGCGUAAAGACCAUUAUCGGAUCUGGCUACGCCCACCAGUGGCUCUUCCUCGGCGGCACGGAGAAACGGGUGUUCCUGGCGAUGGCUGCAUCAGACCGUAACAACAGCUGUAAGAGGACGAAUAGCGCCAUAUGGAGUGUCACGGAAAACGCCUUCAGAGUACACCACGAGCUGGCUCCUGGGGAGAGUCUGUCUCAAAUCUCCAGAGGAAGUGAAGUGAUGGUCUUCGUGCACGGCAGUGAUGGGUCUGUGGUCUACACCCUCGACCUCUCCAUCGGGACGGUGAAGCAGUUUACACACCUCCCUGACAUAAUUGAUUUCUCUACCACCUUGACGACAAAGAUGGAAAUCGACGUAAUAUUCCAAAGCUAUAAAGGUAAUGGAGUUUUGAUAGUCAGAGGCAGCAAAGGAUUACCCAUCCAAAUAGCACACAGGAUAUACGAUGGCGUCUUGCUGGAGCAUCACGAAAAAGUUUAUCUCCUCUUGGCUGUGACGAGGGUGAAGAUGCACAAGGAGAACCACGUUCUGGAGCUGUAUUCUGUUAACCUGCACAAGAGGACUGUAAACUGGGUUGACGCGCACGUCAUGGCUGCAAGACUCCAGCUCGCCGCAUUCUUCGCUGGGGUGCCCACCACCGGCUCCUACAUCAUCGUGGCGCUGCAGGAGAGCCGCGUACCAGUAGUGUACACAUUGCUUGGUGAGACUCUGAAGGAGAUGGCCCAUCUGAGCACCCCGCGAGUCGCCUGGGUACAGCACAUGCCGGUGGUCCACGGUACCAUUACCGGUGUGUUAGAACAUUACCUGCUGCUCGGACAGGCGGACCACAACACCGUCCUGGCGCGUCUGGUGAUGAAGGGAGCUGCUCUACCAAAGAUGAAUCUUACCUGUGACUUUAAUGACCCUGGCGAAGACUUACUUCAAUCGGAAAGCCAUAAUACGUAAAAGUGAUUUAUGGCCUGCAGUAAUUAAAGCUUCUUGCGCUAUAUACUAAAUGGCCGGGCUGUUGUAGUGAGAUUGGUGCUUUAUAUAACUAUUGUUUAAUUUAAAGAUUUUAAAGUUACUAAAAUCAUGUUUUUCGAGGUCCAUUAAAAUUUUACGUAAAGA